ACAGAGGAAAACAGAUUACUAUGAUUGAAACCCUUUACAUCAAAUCCAUAAAUAAUUACUAAAAUACAGCAAAUCAUUGAUUCGUAUACUACUUGAAUUCUUCCUUUGUAAUAAAUUAAUCCCAAACAAUAUCCCUAAUUAUCUUCUAACAUUGUCAUUAUUAUUUUCCACUCCUCCAUUUCAAUUCUUGUGUUUUCUUUUCUUUCACCUGAAAAAACAGGGGAAAACAGAGUGCUCCUGUUUCAUAUGAUACAGGACACACUGCUUUCCCUCUCCUAAAAUCCUCUUCAACAUGGAAGGUAGAAUUCUAUUUGGCAAAUAUGAGAUCGGACAUCUUUUAGGCGAGGGUAAUUUCGGAAAAGUAUACAAAGGAAAAAACCUCACAACAGAAGAAAUAGUUGCCAUAAAGAUGAUGAACAAAGAAGAGGUGAAGAAACAUGGUAUGAUAGAGCAAGUGAAGAAGGAGAUAUCCCUUAUGAGGCUUGUUAAGCACCCGAACAUCGUUGAGCUUAAAGAAGUCAUGGCUACAAAGACAAAGAUAUAUUUAGUAAUGGAGUAUGUUGGUGGGGGUGACUUGUACACCAAGAUUGUCAAACAAGGUAGGUUUGAAGAGAAUCUUGCUAGGAAGUAUUUUCAGCAGGUUAUUACAGCUGUUGAUUUCUGCCAUAGUCGCGGUGUUUGUCACCGCGAUCUUAAGCUUGAGAACAUUAUGUUGGACUCAAAUGGUGAUAAUGUCAAGAUUUGUGAUUUUGGGUUGGCUACAUUUCUUGUUGGGAAAGAAGAGAAUAAUAAUAAUAAUAAUAAUAAUAAUGUUGAUGUUCUUUUAUACACUGCUUGUGGUGCAUUUGCUUAUAUGGCACCGGAGAUUAUUCGAGGUGAGAGAUAUGAUGGUAAAAUGGCUGAUAUUUGGUCAUGUGGUGUGAUUUUGUACACUUUACUUGCUGGUUAUCCACCUUUCCAAGAUGAGAGUCGAACCAAAAUGUUGAGGAAGAUUAGGGUUGGUAAGUAUGAGUUUCCCUUGGGAUUUCCUAAAGAAGUUGAGGAUUUGGUUAAGAAGAUUUUGGUACGUAAUCCAAGUGAAAGGAUUAUAAUGUCAGAAAUAAUGACAAGUCCUUGGUUUAAGAAGGGAUUAAUAUAUGAAGGUGAUUUAUAUUCGAGUUUGUUUUGUUCUUCCCCUGAUCAAUCUCCUUUCAAUGCAUUUGAUUUUAUGUUGUCUAUGGCUUCGGGUUUAGACUUGUCCGGUUUGUUUGAGAGUCAUAAAAGGAAACUCGGGACAUUGUUCGUGACAAAGUGUUCGAUUAAGGAAGUGAUGAAGAAGGUGGAGAAGAUGGCGGAAGGGUUGAAGUAUGAAGCAAGAAAAGAGAAAGAGUCAAGGGUGGUGUUGCAAGGCGGAGAAGUGGGUAGGAGAGGGAGGUUGGUGGUGAGUGUAGAGGUGUUUGAGGUGGUGUCGCCGGUGGUUAAGGUGGUGGAGUUUUCGAAGAGGGGAGGGGACUUUAUUGAGUAUUUGAAGUUGAUGGAGGAAGAGGUAAGGCCGGCAAUGAAGGACGUGGUUUGGAAAUGGCAAGGAGAUUGGUCUCUUAGGAGGAAUAAUAAUGGUGAUGAGGAUGAAAGUUUCCCUUGGUGGAACUUGUGUUAUUAGUUUUGUAAGACUACAACUUUCAUCUUAAUUGCUAAGAUUGUCAAGUUGUGUUUAAGUUACAUUUGAGUUUGAAUUUGUGUAGAUAAUAUAGUUUAGCGAAAUAUGGAAAUCUUAAUUUUUUGUACGAUAAAAAAAAAUUAUAUGCAAUGUUAAUAUUUCAUAGCCA